GCGGCGGCGCUGCCUCAACGGAUAUGCUGACCGGAAAUACCGCGAACGGGCGGGAAGUUGAAAGUUUGAGUAUUUCAGAUUUAAAAAAACAAACAAACAAGAAAGCCAUUACCAAAUUAACGUAGCUGUAUUAAAAAGGGAGUUCCAUCUUCCACAAGAGCAGCGAAGCUCAAAGGAUUACACUUAGCGAGGUUAAAUACGGUCAACGACUCAAGCAAACUUCGCUAUCUGACACUGAGAGCAGCUAGCUAGCUCUGUCAGGAUGGCGGACAGAAAUCUUGUGCAGGACUUGAAGCGUUGGGUGACAGAGGAGUUCAGUCUGCCCCCGGACAGCCUGCCAAAUGACAGCUAUUUUAAAACGCUCUGUGUUGGGACAGGGAAGUCAAUAUGGAAAUAUGUCACCCAACACAUUUUCCAUCAGAGGAACGUGAGGAUCAUGCGUGGCAAUCUGCAGUGGUACAAAGUUCUUCAAGAUAAAGAGUUGAUGCAGGCUGAGGGCCAGAGUAAGGCUGCCAAGCAGAGAGAGCUUCAGAGGAAGAUUGAGCAGCUGAAAGCUGAGAUCGGUCACCUCGACUCUCAGAUCAGUGGAACAGAGGAACAGUUGGCCACACAAGAGCAGUCUAUCAGUCGUACCUGGGCCCAGGUGGAGGACAGCCAGUGUAGAGAGCUGCUUCUCCAGGCUUUCAGGCAGCACUGCAUCUUGGGCUGCAAGAUUUUAUCUGAUGACACACAAGAGAUCAGCGGGCACUGCCAGGCACUGGAACAGAUGGCCAGGAAAGCAGAGACUGAAGUGCUGUUUGAUAAUGAGUCAUCAAGAAGCAGUGAUAGUGGCAAACUCAACUCCAACACCACAGCAGAGGCACAGGUCCUGCGUAAAGUGAGAGAGCUUUGUGAUGACAGGGUCCACUUCUAUCAGUCUUUACAAGAGAGUGAACUGAAAACAGCGCAGUCCGCAGCCAAAAAUAUGACUCAUGAACAGAGGACUGCCAUGUUUCAGUACUGGUUGAGUGCUGUGGAGAACCUGUUGGGUGGUUAUCCUCCAAACCAUAUCCUCUCAGCAUUACAAUAUUUAGCUUCCAGAGAACAGAAGGAACUACAGGACAAACUAGCUUCUCUGGAUGUGACCCAGGAUGUGACAGCUCUGCGGUUCCGCUAUGAAAGCAAUCACCUACUGGACAUGUCAGCAGAAGAGGAUAAUGAGUUGCCACCGGUUAAGACCCUCUUACAGGAUGCUUGGGAAGAGGUGGAGCAGAGUUUGGUGGAACUGGCCCAGACUCGCUCCAGAGUCCAGCAGCUCAAAAACCAGCUGCAGGCCCGCAAGAAAGAGGCUGAGCAGGAAGUGUCUGGUAUUGUAGAUGAGCUCCACAAUGAAACCUUGCCACUGUCGGUUCUAGAGCUGGAACUCCAGUCUGUGAUGCAGGCAGCAGCCAGAGAUCACAUCAGAGACCGAUGUAUCCAGCUGGACGAACAUGCCAAAAGCCGACAGAAGGCGCUCAGAAACCUUCGCAGCCAGUGGCAGAGCAUCCUGGACUUCAGACAACUAGUGGUUCUCAGACAGGAGCAGAUCAGGGGUCUGAUAAAGGGUAACUCCACAGCCAAGACGGAGCUGAUCCAUCUGCACAGGGAGUUACAGGAAUUCAUCCAGGGUAAGCUGGUGCCACAGUUUGAAGAUGUCCCCACUGCAGCCAACAGUCUAAGGAACUCUAUUUCUAAGGAGGCCAGACAGUUUGGAGUGAUUUCCCUUCUUGCUCUGGACCGCAGGACUGUUGAAGGAAUGCAAAGAAUCCCUGCAUCGUGGUUGUCCAUCCAUCGCUUGCAGUCUUCAACCUUCAGCGGCAUGUGUCAGAGCCUGUCAUUCCCACUGUACAAGGCUCCAGAGGAGUUGUGUUUCCAGGCGCGCUCCCAGCAGCUUGAGUUACGUUUUCUCCGUCAGUUACUGCAACUUCACUCUGCUAUGCUGCAGAAAUUACAGAAGGAAGCAGAAAGGCUGCAUGCAUCAGAUCAAAAAGCCUUGCUGUCCAGAGUCGUGGAAGAGGAUCAGAAGCUUCUGAAGUCUCUUGUACCAAGAGUCAGAGGCCUCACCCAACGUUGUGCGCAGGGCCUUUCUUAUGGGGACCAAGUCAAAACUGCCAUCUCUUACUGGUGGGAUCAACCAGCCCAGCACGUCCUCCCUGAGGUCAGUAAGGGAGGACUGACCUUUACGCAGUGGCUACAAAGAUGGAAACUAGCUGCCAAAGCCUCUUAAGGGAUGCCUCAUAGUUUAAAAAUAUAAAGGAGAUCCCUUUCAGCACCUUUCAGUGGCAAAUUGACCAAGCUACAGUCAAGGCUGGAUUACCAACCGGGCAAAGGCAAAGUGGACAACAGCCCAGACCAUGAGGGGCACAGAGGCCACAAUUUCAUCCAUUUUCACUUUUUUUUGCAGUUUGAUUAGUUAUAAAUGUGUUUUUUCACCACUGAAAUACCAGAUCAACUAAGGUGGGUCCUGCUUUAUUAGCUAAAUUCUGGUCCUGUCUGGUGGUUGUGCCCAAGGUCAAACUGUACUUGUAAGAACUUAAUUAUUUUAGUUUUUAUGGUCCUCAAGUGGAGCAUAUUCCCAAAUAAAGUUAUGUUUAAUCAAAUUACCCCAAACAAAGAAAUAUGAAGUUAUUAUUUCAGCACGGGAGGUUUGGUUGCACAGGACUUAAUGGGAACUUGGAGUCAGCAGGGCACAUAUUCAGGGCAAGGUAGGUGGGGGUGAAUGGGGACCCACAGCAAAUUUUUGCCCAGGGGCGCCUUAACAGGCUAAUCUGGCCAUGGCUGCAGUAGUUAGGAAAUGCACAAAUAUUCUGUAUUGUAAAGAAGAGCUGCAACGAUUAGUCAAAAAGUCUAAUGUUUUGAUGAUUGAUUCAUUGUGUCAGUCAUUUUCAAGCAAAAAUGCCAAACAUUUGUUGGUUCAAGCUUCUCAAAUAUGAGAAUUUGCUGCUUUUCUUGGUGUUACACUAUAAUAAAUUUAAUAUUUUUAGGUUUUGGACUGUUGGUCGGACAAAAACGAGACAUUAGAUGAUGUCAAAUGGUGAUGUAGGACAUUGUGACGGGCAUUUGUGACUGUUUCCUGGUGUUUUAUUAUUUUCAAUUCAUUGAUAAUGUAAAUCAUUAAUUGCAGCCCUACUGGAAAGCAGUACUAUAAACUAAACCACACUUUUUCGAAGCAGUUUAUUCUUGUCAUUACCCCUCUUGAUAUUUUACCAUGUGAAAGUCAGUUACUAAUAAAUCAUUUCAAAGCCAA